AUUGCAAGCUAAAGUAAUGGCUAAGCUUUAUCUUAAUAAGCUCUUUCCUAAGCUUGUUUCCUCUCUUGCCGUUCUUCUUCUUUGUCAAUUUGGCUAUGUAGCCUGUCAACCAACGAUGAAGGUAUAUAGUCCAAGCAGAAACGCCACGUUGCCUGCAGAUGAAGCAAAGGCUUUGGGUGAAUUGAUGACCACGUUAGGGUGGGGUUUUCAACAAUUCUCACGCUCGUCUUGUGACAAUAAUUAUCGAGGCAUCAAAUGCAAUUGCACUUAUGAGAACAGCACAGUUUGUCACGACACCGGCCUAGAUCUCUCAAACCGAGAAUUAGACGGACGAAUCCACGCUGAAGCCUUGACUAGUCUCGAUUUCCUAGAAGAAAUUGAUUUGUCCCACAAUCAACUUUAUGGUAGCAUCCCUGUCACCAUGGGGAACUUGCCUUCACUCACCUCUCUCGAUCUCUCUACAAACUUCCUCAAUGGCUCCAUACCUUCAUCCUUGGGGAAUUUGUCGUCCCUCCAAAUUCUCGAUCUCUCCACAAACUUUCUCAGUGGCUCCAUACCUCCAUCUUUGAGGAAUUUAUCAUCCCUCAAAUAUCUGUUUUUGUGGUAUAAUAUGUUAUCAGGUCAAAUCCCUAAAGAAUUGGGCAACCUCUCUAAUCUCCUACAGAUGACCUUGGGCUUCAAUGAACUCACUGGUCAGCUUCCACCAGAACUUGGAAGAUUGAGAUCUCUAAAUGCUUUAGAGUUGAGCUCCAACAAUUUGAGUGGAGAACUGCCGGGAAAUUACGCCAACUUUACUUCGGAUCAAUUGCAGUUUUUUAGCGUAGCUGGGAACCGUUUGACCGGUCAAGUACCAAGUUUCAUUGCGAAUUGGACUGGACUCGGUUAUCUGUACCUCUCCGGGAAUGAUUUUGAAGGACAGCUGCCUCUUGAACUUCUUUUUAACAUGUCAAAACUCGAAUACUUGGUGGUUAGUGAUGUAAGAAGCUCGGCCGGUUUCCCUUUCCCAAAACAUGCAAACAUGAAGGGAAUAAGAUACCUGGUGAUAAGGAAUUGCUUAAUAAGUGGUGGAAUCCCCCCGUACAUUGGUCAUUGGUCAUCGUUAACCUACCUAGACUUGAGCUUUAACAGCUUAACUGGUGGAAUACCAGAUUCCAUGAAAAAGCUGAAUUUAAGUAAGAUGUUUCUUACAGGAAAUAUGCUUAAUGGCACAGUACCUUCCUGGGUUCCUCAUACCAUUGAAGACAAGGCGGACUUGUCAUAUAAUAAUUUUGAAAUUUCACGUGAUGGUACGAAGAAAGGAGAAGGAAAGCUGAACAUCAGUCAACCAAACAGGAAUUCUAUGCGUGAUUUGAUAAAAAAAUGUCGGGGAAAACCAAAGUACGAUUCCUUAUAUAUAAAUUGUGGAGGAGCAGACAAAGUGGUUGAUGGGAAAGAGUUUGAAGCAGACAGUGCAACAUCAAAUUACUAUUCAGCUCCAAGAGAAAAUUGGGCUUAUUCUUGUUCUGGAGACUUUGGUUCGGAAACUUAUGAUUCCAGUUAUUACAUAAAAAACGUGGAAUGUGCAGUUUGUGAUUCUGCUGGGACACUUCUUUACAACUCAACUCGCCUCUGCCCUCUUUCUCUGACAUAUUACGGCUUCUGUUUAUUUAAAGGAAAUUACACUGUCAAGCUUUACUUCGCUGAAACUGUUUACCAAAAUGAUGAAGAUUACUCGAAUUUAGGGAAACGUGUUUUUGAUGUAUAUAUACAGGGGAAGAGAGCACUAAAAGACUUCAACAUUAAAGAAAUGGCCAGCGGCACCAAUAAGACAUGGACUGCAAGUUUCACAGCAUAUGUAGGAGAUGAUCAUCUAUUGACUAUCGAUUUUUUCUGGGCUGGCAAAGGAUCUUUCCCGUUGCCAGAUUUUUCCAAUUUACCUGCUGCCCUGUCUCUGAAUGGACCCCUUGUGGCAGGCAUUUCCGUAACUGCAAACUUCAAAGUUGGUGGCAAGGGACUAUCUCCUUCACAAAUUUCAGCGAUUACCGCAGGUUCAGUAUUUGCUCCUCUACUUCUGUUGGCUUUCAUGUGGAAAAUGGGCUGGCUGCGGAAAAGCGAGUUGGAUGAAAUAACCAUUGAGGUCCAAGGAAAAUCUUUCACCCUCAAACAAAUAAUCGAUGCUACUCGAAAAUUCAGCCCCAAAAUGGAGAUUGGCAGGGGACGCUUUGGAAUAGUAUACAAGGCUGAAUUGCCGAAUGAUAUAAAAUUAGCAGUGAAGAAGAUUUCUCCUCAUUCAAAGCAACAAGGAAAAGAUGAAUUACAAAGGGAAAUCUUCAACCUGAAAUCUUUGCAUCAUGAGAAUCUUGUUCAAUUGUUGGAUGGCUACUCUAAUAAAGGCCUGCAUCUGCUAGUAUAUGACUAUAUGCAUAAAGGCUCCCUUCACCAUGCGUUGUUCGAACCAAAUUCCACGACAAAACUUGAUUGGAAAGCUAGAUUUGGUAUCUGUCUGGGAAUAGCGAGAGGUUUGAAGUAUUUGCAUGAAGAGAAAAGGUUCAAGAUUGUUCAUGGAAACAUAAAACCUAGUAAUAUUAUGCUUGAUAACUCUCUUACGGCCAAGUUGUCUGACUUUGGAUUGGCAACGCUUUGUGAUGAGGAAGAUCCAUUUAUGACCAUCAAAGCAAAAGGGUCGCGAGUUUACAUGGCACCUGAGUAUUCAAUGGGAAAAGCAAUAACUGUUAAAGCUGAUGUUUACAGUUUCGGAGUUGUCCUUCUCGAAAUAGUUAGCGGGAGAGUUAGUGCAGAUUACAUAACAAAUCAAGAAGCUGAGUUUCUUCUGGAUAAAGCUGGUGUUUUGCACGAUAAGGGAAGAAUCCUUGACUUGGUUGACAAGAAAUUAGCAUCCAGUUACGACAGAAAGCAAGCUCUCAUUGUUUUGUUGUUAGCAAUGAAGUGUGUUAAUCUGUCUCCUACUCUGAGGCCUAAAAUAUCUGAAGUCGUCAGUGUACUUGUAGGUGAGAAAAGAAUUGAUGAGAUUUCCGAAGCUGAUACUUCAUCAGCAAAUAUUGUCCUUCCAGGGUGUUGGAAAUAGAUCCAAUUUCUUAGCCAAAUAUUGGUAAUGUUAAGUUUGGUGAAGAAAACCUUCUGCCUCUUUUUUAUUUUGUAAUUACUUGGGUCUAAUUAUAUGGUGGUGUCAAGAGAACAUAGAUGUGUGUGUGAGAGACUCCAUGAGAAAAUAUGUGUGUUUGCUU